GGCGCUCCCCAGUCGCUCUCUCUCCGUGUGUAGGCACUUAGGCUUCUGCACGCUGCUGCUCCUGGCUCACCGCUGUUCGCUCGGCAAGCACCGGACCAUUCCGUCGGACGAAUAAGUCGGUCAGGAAAGCGAUAAGAACGAUGGCUUUUAAAGAUGCAGGCAAAGCCCCUGUAGAUCAGGAAGUGGCCAUCCAUCGUAUCAGGAUUACCUUAACAAGUCGUAAUGUGAAGUCUCUGGAAAAAGGUAAAUCCAUUUGUUUUAUAGGUUGCCAUGAAAUUUUCAUAAAGUGCCAAAAAUACAAUUGGUUGGUCUGAAAGCUGCCUUUUUAAAGCACCUGUUUUUAGUAUCCAUCUGUGGUUUAAAGGCACUUUCAUCUCCUAAAUCUUUGAAAGGAAAGUGGAAGAGGUUGGCAAUGAGGAUACAUUUUCUCAUGAAUCAAAGUGAUUGGUUUAUACGCUAUUCUGAGCUUACUCAUACCUCACUAAAAGUUUUCAACACUGCACUUUGUAAAUUCCACAUUUGUAAACUCUCGUCUUCACUGUUUGCAGUGUGUGCUGAUCUGAUCCGUGGUGCCAAAGAGAAGAACCUGAAGGUUAAGGGCCCAGUCCGUAUGCCUACCAAGACUCUCCGUAUCACAACAAGAAAAACACCUUGCGGUGAGGGUUCCAAGACCUGGGAUCGUUUCCAGAUGCGCAUCCACAAACGCCUCAUCGACCUGCACAGUCCUUCCGAGAUUGUUAAGCAGAUCACUUCCAUCAGUAUCGAACCUGGUGUAGAAGUUGAAGUUACUAUCGCUGAUGCUUAAAUGACACUUCUGUUUAAUAAAAGAAAGUAACGUGGA